ACUCCUAUUUAGAACAUCUUCAUUUGCAAGACUGUCCCUCCCUGCUGCCUCCCUCCCUCUGCAGACUGGGGUCUCUACCCGAGGGCAGGGCCAGGGGCUUUAUAACUGUGAGAAUUGGGGUUUUCUAAUCUUAGCUGUUGUUAUUCCACCCCAUCCCAGGAAAUGGAUUGUGGUUGCCAUUAAGGAGAAGGUGGGAGAGCUUGCCUCGUGGACCUGGAAAAACUGGGAAAGUGACUUUUACCUCGAGCUCUAAGGACUAAGGAAAGAGCUGCUCUGAAUUUUUGCUUAGAAUUGGGUGUAUUAUUACUUUUUUAAGGAAGAAUUAUAACCUGGAAGGAUCUUAACCAAUCAGGAUACUGACAGGAGGAGUGGGACUGACUAAUAUAAAAAGGCUUGAUCUGGCCUCUGUAAAGUGUGUUCCUAUUCUAAGAAUUAGGGUACACCCAUUUUUGCAAGAAUGUCAAAAUCUUUCAGUAUUUAUCAGUUGGGCAGCAGAGUUCUCAGUAAGAUACCUUUGUUUCUUACAUAACUUUUAGGGGGUCUCACCCUCUCUUAAAUCCCCACAGAUCAGCUUCUUGCCCAGGAAAAGAAGAGAAAGAAGGGUCUCCCUCUGGAGUCCUGCUCCCAGCUUAAGCCUGCAAAGGUCCAAGGCCUCUCCCAGUCAACAAUGGCCCCUGGGAGGCACAGACGCCCACCCCAGGAGUUGGUGACAUUCCAGGAUGUGGCCGUAGACUUCACCCCAGAGGAGUGGGGACUCUUGGACCCUUCUCAGAAGGAACUGUACAAGGAGGUCAUGCUGGAGAAUACCCGGAACCUUCUCUUCUUGGGCUUGCCGGCUCCCAAAGAAGUGAUCUCUCAUCUUGAGCAAAGGAAAGCACGGGGGAUGCUGGAGCAAGAAGUCCUGAGGAGCUGCUGCCCAGGAGAGAUUACACUUGCCAUGAAAGAGCCUACUGCAAAGCUACGCAUUGCUCUGGAAGGAACUCCCAAGCCAAGCUUCAUGAGUGCUAGGCCCCAAUACAUCACUAGGAGACAGACUCGUGUUGUACUUCCCAGAAACCACACAGGAGAGAAAACUUAUGAUUAUCACCAUGGGAAAGACUUAAGUCAACAGUCAUCCUUUAUUAAGCAUCAAAAGCUUCACACUGAAAAGAAACCACCUGAGUGUCAUGAAUGUGGUAAAGCUUUCAGCGAACACUCAUCCUUCCUGUUACAUCAGAGAAUUCACACUGAGGAGAAACCUUAUGAAUGUAGUCAUUGUAAAAAGUCUUUUGGACAGGAAUGCCGUCUUGCUGUACAUCAGAGAAUCCACACUGGAGAGAAGCCUUAUGAAUGUCAUCAAUGUGGAAAGGCUUUCAGAUGCAACUCCAAACUUUCCCUACAUCAGAAAGUCCACACUGGAGAGAAACAUAACGAAUGUAGUCAAUGUGGAAAGGGUUUCAGAAGCAGCUACACUCUUUCUGUACAUCAGAGAAUCCACACUGGAGAGAAGCCUUAUGAAUGUGAUCAAUGCGGAAAGACUUUUAGAUGUAACUCCAGUCUUCUUGUACAUCAGAGAAGUCACACCGGAGAAAAACCAUAUGAAUGUAUUCAAUGUGGAAAGAAGUUUCGACAGUACAACAGAUUCGCUGACCAUCAGAGAAUCCAUACUGGAGAGAAACCAUAUAAAUGCCAUCAGUGUGCAAAAACUUUUAGAAGAAGUUGUGGUCUAGCUAAACAUCAGAGAAGCCACACUGGAGAGAAACCUUAUGAAUGUCAUCAGUGUGGAAAGGCCUUUUCACAGAGAUCCAAUCUUGCUUUACAUCAAAGAAUCCAUACUGGAGAGAAGCCUUAUGAAUGUGUUCAGUGUGGAAAGAAUUUCCGACAGUAUAACAAAUUGGCUGAACAUCAGAGAAUCCACAUUAGAGAGAACCUUAUGAAUGUAAUCAAUGUGGAAAGACUUUUCCAGAGGACCAGUCUUGCUGUACACCAGAAAACCCACACUGGAGAGAAACCUUAUGAAUGUAUUUGAUGUGGAAAGGGGCUCAUAUGGCACUCCAUCUUACUCAUCACCAGAGAAUCCACACUUGUGAAAAACUUUAGGAAUGUGUUCAGUGCAGAAAGAAUUUCCAACACUACAAUCAAUUUACUGAACAUCAGAAAAUCCAUACUGGGGAGAAACCUUAUGAACAUAAUCACUGUAGAAAGGCUUUUCCACAGAAGACCAGUCUUAGUGUACAUCAGAGAACCCCACUGGAGAGAAACCUUAUUAAUCUAUGUGGAAAGAGUUUCAUAUGGUGCUCCCAUCUUACUCUUCAUCAGAGAAGUCACACUGGAGAGAAAAUUUAUAAGUGUCUAGAAUGUGGUAAAGCUUUUAACGCAUGCUCUUACAAGUAAAUAAAAGAGAAUAAAUAUUAGAAGACAAACCCCUUUAAAAGAAUUAAUAUGGAAAAUCAUGUAAGCUUAAUUCUCACCAGAAAAUACAUAGGAGGUAGAAAUCACCUCCCUAUAAUGAACAUAAAAGAGUAUAUAAAAGGAGUACAGAGCUUGUUAGAUAUCAGAAAAUUCAUCUUAUAUGAAUUCAAUGUAAAAAGAUCUACAUCUCUUCCUUUACAUCAAGAAUUCAUACAAGAGGGAGGACUUCUGAAUGUGUCCCAUCAGGAACUAUUUUUCCCUGGAAGAUGGAAGUUAUAAAUGUGGCAAGGCCUUCACUUGAAGCUCGUGUGUGUGUGUGUGUGUGUGUGUGUGUGUGUGUGUGUGUGUGUAUGUGUAUAUUGGAAAAAAUCUGGUGAGACUUUGGAUGUAAUUAUUGAGAGAAGGCCUCUUCCUACAUUACAUACUUCAGGAGACAUCACCAAUUCCAUACUGUACACAGAACCUUAAAACUGGAUUAACUAGUUCAAUGAAAUCCCAAGGAUUCUUAUUCUUUUAUUCUAAUCUGCCACGGCAUUCCUAUCUCAGCAUUUUAGCCAUUUCUCUCUUGAUUGGCACUCACUGUGACUCAUGACAUUAGCUGGCAGAAAAAGACUUGAAAAUAAAUAUUUUGGUAUCUGUUGAAUAUUUAAUUUGUAAUGAU